AUGCGUUCACCGCAACCGCGAUAUUCUUCUACCUGGGAUGUAUCAGUAGUCCUGAAUUAUAUAGAAUCUAUGCAAGAAGACGAAGCAAUUUCAAUCCUUCAUUUGAGUUAUAAAUUAUCAACACUGAUGAUUUUGAUGACAGCAGCGAGAUCUUUGGAGUUGCAGAAACUAAAAAUUUCGCGAAUGAUUGAAGAUAAAACGAAGUUUAUCAUUGAUGAACGUACGAAAACUCAACGAGAACAUCAUAAACCAGUCAGAAUGAUUUUUUAUAAAAAUCAAAUAUCACUCAAACUAGAAGUAGUUUCUUCACUGCAAUGUUAUCUAAAAAGAAUUAAAGAAAACAGAAAAGAAGAAGAUCACCUUUUUAUUACUACAACUGCACCUUUUCGAGCAACACGACCGACCACAAUCGCAAAUUGGGUCAAACAUAUGAUGACAUUGGCAGGAAUAGAUACAAAACUCUUUAGGACACAUUCUUGUCGAGCAGCUGCAACAUUAAAAGCGAAAGUUCAUGGCCUAAGUAUAGAACAAACCAUAAGCGUAGCCCGAUGGUCUAAUGUUAAAACAUUUAAGCGAUUUUAUGAACGAGAACUUAGAUCAGAAAACUCUUUUCAAGAAACAUUGGCAACUAAGUGA